CUUUAUUUGGUGUUUCAUUUUAUCUACUCUCUAUGAGCGGUUCUCAGUUCUAUCCGCAGCCAGAUAAGCACUUGCCUUUGUCCACUGCGACACUGCCUUAUCCUGACCUUUACAAUGGAGUCUGCACCGCACGUAAAAUUCCCCAAUCCAUUCCCGUGCGCCUCUCCGUCUCCUAGUCCCAGACGCCCGCAUCCACUGGAACCGAAGGCGACCAGGUCGACAUGCCGCGGAUUCAGAGCAGUGUGCGGGGUGUCCGGGAGGAGAGCUGUUUCAGGGCUGGCUCUUCUUGGCGCCGCUGCCUCUUGCGCGAAUCUCCUCGCCGUGCCCAUGCCGGUGCAGGCAGCAAUGCUGGAGCCCGAUGUCAUCAGGUACUGCGUGUUGCCUGGUACAGAAAGCUGGACAGUGGAGUAAAGCUUGAAGAUGUAGUCGAUGGCGAAGGGCCGGAGGCUCGGGAAGGCGAUUUAGUGCAAUUCAACUACGUGUGCCGCCGUGCAAAUGGUUAUUUCGUGCAUAGCACGGUGAAUCAGUUCAGCGGCGAGAGUAAGCCGGUGACACUUCGACUCGACGUGCAAGAGAUGAUUCGGGGCCUCAAAGACGUCAUAGUCGGCAUGAAAGCCGGAGGCAAGAGGAGGGCUCUGAUACCCCCUGAAGUAGGCUAUAUCGACGAGAGCUUGCAGCCCGUACCGGAGGAGUUUGGACCACGCCGGAGCCUGCUGUCGCAUGCCAAGGAACCGCUGGUGUUUGAGGUUCAGCUGCUCAAAGUCCUGUGAUCAUUGUCUCAUGAUCAUCACAUGCCAAUGCAGAUAGAAGCUCUCCUGUCCUGUUCUACAAGUGAAGAGAACCACAGUGAUUCUUUUUUGGACUUUUUUCUUCAAAUUUCUUUCUGAUUUUUUUCUUUUCAAACCAUGUGUUUGUUCGUUCUUCCGAAAAAGCAUUCAGCCAGUUGGAUGAAGGUAUAGAAGAGAAGAAAGCACAAGGAUUUCCUUCACAACAGCACUAUCAACUGUGGAGGGUUUCUACCCUUUCCUUCUAUAAUACAGUAUAUGAUACGCACACUCGUGUGUAUUCGAGAAAAAAAAAACAGCACUAUCAA